AAAACCUCCGCAAUUCAGAUUUCCUUCUUCACAAGUCACAACAAUGGCCUCGCUCACCGUUACCGUUACCGUUACCGUCACCGUUCUUUUGUUCCUCACGUUGGCUCUCUCCGUCGCUUCUAUCAAGCCGGAAAAUGACAUCAUCAACGAAAGCCUAACCACUUCAUCAGCCGAACCCGAUCCAGAUUCCACAAACCCAACCCUUUCCGGAUCCGAUGAGGUAACAGUGCCGGUGAAUUUCGUCAAUUUCCAUCCGAUCAAUCGUCAUUUCCCUAGACGUCCGUUAACGACGACGGCUCCUUUCAAACGCCGUCCGUGCCACGAGCUGUUGGGACGUGGUCUUCAGAUCUCUUACGGCAACGACAUGAUCUUCUCCGGCGAAGAAGACAAGGCGACAGGUACAGACGCAGAUAUUCCGGCGAUCAAGAUCUUUGUCGGGGGCUUCGCGACGGAGGAGGAUGAUAGCUCCAAGAAGAUUACGGUGAAUUUGGCAAAUCGUAAAGAGAAUAUGUUCAGGAGAAAGAUUCGCAAGUUUCUCAACCAUUUGGUCUGAAGAAGAUGAAGAAGAACAAGACUCGAGUUUGUUGUGUUAGAAUCUAAGAUACGUUUGAAGAAGCAUCUUCUGGUAAAUAAAUAUCAUUAUCCAUA